AUGAAACAUCUGUUUCUAUUUAUUCAGUUUAUCCUUGCUAUCAUUCUCAUAAUUAAUCCAAGUCACUCACUCCCAGUAUCUUCUCAAGGACCACCACAACUUGGAAGUAUACAUGGCUCGCCGGUUGUCGCUAUAAUUCAUGGAAAUUCGGACACUCUUAAAGAAGACUUACAAACGAAAGACACCGAAGCUGAUCCGCUGGAGAAAUUUGGAAAAAUUGUCGACUAA